AUGGCGGGUUGGAAGCUUCCCUCAUGGGCGAUGUCCAAAUCAUUUUGGAUCGCCGUAUCUUCGUCAGUUACUACAGCUGCUGUAAUUUUUGGUACGUUGGAGUCUAGGAAGCAUCGCUCAAUCCAACACUUGCAAUCGAUGAUUGUAAACGAUUCAGGCAAGAGUAUUGAGCUUUCUCCUUCCGGUGCUCUCUUAGAGGAUGGAGAAAACGUUGAUGAAAAUCAAAUUGAAACAGAUGCGAAGAUUCCUUAUGACGAGGACCUAAUUCGCGAGCAGCUCGCUCGCAACUAUGCUUUUUUUGGUGAGGAAGGUAUGACAAACCUUCGUAAUUCCUUCGUUGUAGUCGUAGGUUGUGGUGGUGUUGGUAGCUGGGCAACUGUGAUGUUGGCUCGCUCAGGUGUACAAAAGAUUCGCAUUAUUGAUUUCGACCAAGUUUCUCUUAGUAGUCUUAAUCGUCAUGCUAUUGCCAAUCUUGAGGAUGUGGGUACUCCGAAAACCUUGACUCUAAAGCGAGCUAUUAAGCGUUUUGCUCCAUGGAUUGAAAUUGAGGCUUGUAAUACACUUUACAGUCCUGAGUCCGCUGAUGAACUUCUUUCCGGAAAUCCAUCCUUUGUCAUUGAUGCCAUUGAUAAUAUUCAAACGAAAGUGGAUUUAUUGGCUUAUUGCUACUAUCACCAGAUUCAAGUUAUUGCUUCCACCGGCUCUGCUUGUAAAUCCGAUCCCACUCGUAUGAACAUUGCCGAUAUUUCUGCUACCGCUGAGGACCCCUUGUCUCGUGCCACUCGCCGAAGAUUGAGACUUAAGGGAGUUAUGGAAGGGAUUCCUGUUGCCUUCUCUUCUGAAAAACCAGAUCCUCGUAAAGCUACUCUGCUACCUUUAGCUGAAGAAGAGUUUGAAAAAGGAGAUGUCGAUCAAUUAAGUGCUUUACCGGAAUUUCGCACCCGUAUCCUUCCCGUAAUUGGACCCAUGCCUGGUAUUUUUGGUCUUACUCUUGCUACUCAUGUUUUAACGAGAAUCGCAAAGUAUCCUAUGGAUCCCAUUUCCACUCAAGUUCGUCCUCGUCUUUACGAAGAAGCCGUAAAGCGUUUACACGCUGAAGCCAGAAAUGCAAAUGUACGUUUAGACAAAACUUUUAAUUCCUCCGAAAUGUCUUAUAUUAUUGAAGAAGUAUACUGUGGUCGAAGUGCCCUUAUCCCCCGUGAGACUCAAAAAGUAAGUGUGGUCCGAUGGAACCCUCACUUGCCUUUCGAGCAUACAAAUCUUGUAGCUAUGACAAGAGACGAAGCACGUAAGCAUGAAGCUACUGUUUUAGACACUCAGGUUGAUCCCUCCACCGUCUAUCCUAAAGAGGUCAUCGACGUCGUCAAUAAGUUCUUGCACCGUUUGAGAAUCUGGAAGAUGCUUUAUUAA